AUGUCAGAGGAGGAGACUAAUUAUGCAGAGAUUUUUAGUCGUGCCUUUGUGAAGCAAUAUUAUCAAACUCUUAACGAAUCACCUCAGUUUCUUCAUAUGUUCUACAGUGAUUACUGUCUGUUUAACCGUCUUUAUCCUGAAACACAUGUCAAAAAAACUAUUUGGACUAAGGAAGAGGUGAAAGAUGAGUUUCUUGCUGUGAGAUUCGAAGAUUUCACCGCCGAGAUUGAAACUUCACUUGGUGUACCAUAUCCUAUGGAACAUGGUUAUGUUAUUGUAUAUGUCAAAGGUUACUUGACAAAGAAGAGAGACAACGUUGGUAACAAGUUUACGCAAACGUUUCUUCUAAUUCAGCAAGACACCGGCUUCUGUAUCGUUAACGAUAUAUUCAGGUAUGAAAUAGAGCAGACACAGAUCCAGACCUGUCUUAAAGAGUUGAGGUUGGAGCCUGAGCCGGUUGCUUCAAGUCAGCCACUUCCUCACGAUCACGAACUAGCAGCAACGAAGACCUCAGUUUGCCUUUUCCAAAAAUCUUUAUGCAAAGGAGAAGUUCAUGAUGAAUGGUUUAUGGUUUAG